UCUGCUGUAGUGUUUACAUUUCGUUGUGAUUGUUCAUGCACUUUCGGAAUGGCUGCGACAAUAAAUGUCACUUGCAGGAAUUUGACAGAUGUUUUCAUUUUAAUGAGAAACAAUUCCUUACAAAAUAAAAAUAUUUUUUCUGAUCAGAUAUUAGACGACAAAGUUGCAUUAGUUUCAUCAAGAGAACUCGAUAAUGGCCAUUCCUUUUCUAGAUGCAUUGAUCUACCACCUGUUUGGGUGGAAGGAAUCGAAGAUGUUCAGUAUGAAAUGAAUAGAAUAAGAAAUAAAUUGAAAGAACUCAAAGCCCUACAUGAAAAAAAUGUUACUCGACCAUCCCUGGAUGAUUCUGUCCAUGAAGAAAAAGAAAUUGAAAAUGUAUCUCAAGAAAUUACUAGAAUGUUCCAUCAUUGCCAAAAAAUAAUUCAUCAAAUUCGUGAAAGAAGUCAUGGAACAACUUCCCAAGAAUAUCAAGUCAGCCAGAAUGUAGUUUCUUCAUUAGUUAGCUCAUUACAAGAAUUGUCUUCUAAGUUUCAUGCAGCACAGUCAGAACACUUACGUCAACUGAGAUCUAGGGAGGAGAAAUCUCAACAAUUCUUCAACACCACUUAUGUAUCAAAAAACAAUGACAGUUCAAUGUUUGAUUCAUUGCAAGAUGACACCUUUACUCAAAGUUUUUUGAGUGCUGGCGAUCAACAAUUAAUGAUUGAAAGUAACACCUCAAUGGUUGAACAAAGAGAACGAGAAAUUAAGCAGAUAGUGAAGUCUAUAGCUGAGUUGAAUGAUAUUUUCAAAGACUUAGCUUGUAUGGUUGCAGAUCAGGGAACUGUUCUUGAUAGAAUUGACUAUAAUUUAGAGCAAGUUCAAACUCAAGUAUCUUCAGGUUUACAGCAACUACAAAAAGCUCAAACAUACCAUAAAAAGAAUAGGAAAAUAGUUUGGAUUCUGUUUUUGGCUGCUUGUGCUGUUGUAUUAAUAAUUAUGCUUGUAAUAUUUAAACUGUGAUUUAUAUAUUUAAUGUUUCUCUGGGAAAUAUGAUUUUGUACAUAAUGUGUUAUAAAUACCAGCUUGUUUGACGACAAGCUGCUGGUUCAUUUAAGGUUCUUUUCUUCUGCACUUUGGGCAGGUUGUACAAAAACUUUUUAUUUAUUGAUGAUUUUUAACUAUUUAAUAUAAAGCAUUUUUUGCCCAUCUUAUGGUUGAAGAUAUUUUAUAAAUUAAUAUACUUUUACAAUUUUAUUUUCUUGAUAUAAGAAGCUAAUGGUGUAAUAGAUUUUUUUUUUUUUAAUUUAAAUUCUUUGAGAGUGUGCUAAUUUUUAUCUUUUGUUGUCUUUCAAACCAUGUCUCCCAUUUUUUGAGGUUUCUAGUAUUUACUGGAGCUAUUAAUUAGCUUUAUAUUAAUUUGAUUCUCUAUGAAAAACAUUACUUUAUUAAGUAAAAGAAAAAAGAAUUUUCUGUAAGAAGCUUUAUAUGCUUGUAAACUAAAAAUGAAAGCUAGCUUUUCUUUUUUUAAAAUCAUUUAACUAAUGUUUUCCGUUUAAAACAUAAUAAAAAGAGAAUGUCAGUAGAAAAACUUAAUUUUUAAAAAAAGUCUUAAAUAAUGAUUAAAUUGUAAUCUCUUUGUGUUAGUAAUGAAUAAAUUUACAGUUAAUUGUAAAAUUAACUAUUGUAUUAACUUAAUUGUAAAAUUAACUAUAAAUGUUAAUUUGAUAAAGUAAUAAUUAUUUAACAUUAAAAUCUUGUAGUGAAUAUUUUUAUUUUGUAUAAACUUUUAAACUCUUAUUUUCCUAGUAUUGUGUAAUAUGUAGCUUAUAUUUGCUCUUUGUGAAGACUUGUGGAUCAAAAGGUAUAUCUGGAUAAAAUUAUCUUGAAGAAUGUAAAUAGAAUUAUACUAACAUCUAUGGCAUUUAAGGUACUAAGUAGGGUUUAAAGUAGCCCAUUUUUCUUUAUGCUUUUCAAAAUAAUAUUAAUCAAAAUUCUUAUGUUUUUCAAUGAGUAUUAGUAUUAUUAUAUUAAAAUUAUUUCUUUAGUAUAGUUUUAAAGUAUAAUUUGUGCAUUCCUUUCUUUGAGCUUCUCAUGUUGUGAUAGCCUGCAAAUGUGUUAUUUAGCAAAAUAAUUAAACUGAAAGAUAACAUAGGUACUUUUAUUGUUUUAAUCAGAAUUCAGCUAAAUUUAUAAAUUUGGAAAUCGUUUCUUUACUACUUUCUUAAACAUAUAUGCAAACAAUUUUGGAAGUAAUUGGAAUACUUGUUACUAUGUCUAGGUUUUAGAAAUUGUUCUUAUUUAUCUUUGUUGAUGGAAGAUAUUCAUACUCUUAUUAGAAUGAGUUCACACAUUUCCUGUACAUAUUUAAAAUUCCCUUUUUCCAUUUUUUUUAUUCUCAAAAUUAUAAUCUUAUAUUCUUUAUAUUAAAAUAUUGAUCAUUGUCUUGAUUUUGUUUGCUUUCCUAAUUAUUAUCUUUAUUUUAUCCUAUUUUAAUUCCUAUAUUGUAAGUCUAUUUCAGUGAAGGAGCAUUGAAUUCUUUCAUAUUUUAAAUACUAUAAAACUACUUCCUUUGAUUACAGAUUCAACAUUGUUAUAGUACUAAGUUCAUUUUAACUAUAUACUUUUAUACAUAGACUAAUUUUAACAUAUUUACUUUAUUCAUCUAAUUUGUUAUUUUUAAUAAACUCCAUGGUUUAUUGAGUAGCAUUUAAUAUUUAAUAUGUAAAGAAAUUCUUUCAUAAAACUAUUUGGUUUAUCGUACAUUACUUAAAUAUAAACUUCAAUUAAGAGGAUUAUAAACUUUGAUAUUUUUCAAUCACUUUAAAGAAAGGUUAAUGAAAGUGAUUUAAAUUCAUUGAUAGUGUGUUUAGAAUAGUUUUUGAACUUGUAAAUAUGCAAAGGAUUUUUUAUUCCAUUUGAACUUUUAUUUUUUUGUUAUUUAUAUUUUGUACAAUUCUUGUUAUUCCUUAUUUAAUUUUGCAAAAUGCAUAUUACUUAUGUCAAUUAUUUAAGACUUAGAUAAGAAAGGAAGUGAAUAGUUUUAGAAAUUUCUUCUAUCACCAUGCAAAAAAGUAAAAUGAAAAAACAGUAAAGAACUUUCACUUUAAAAAAGUAAAAUGAAACAAACGAACAGUGCCAAAAUUUCUUUUGUAGUAACAGGAGUUAAAUGUGUAACAGAUUUCUAGAUUAGAAAUGUAUAUAAAUCUGUUUAGUUUGUAGUUAUGCACUUUUUAAUAAGUUGUACUUUAGAGUAUUUGGACCAUUUAGUGUUACCAUUUAAGUUACCUUUUUUAUACAUAAAAAGAUAGCAUGCUCAUAAAAAAAUAAAGCAAAAGUAUGUAUUAGAAUAAAUUCAAUAUUUUGUUUCUGUUGCUUUAUUGGACAGUAAAAAGAAAAUGUUUUAUAUUCAAUGUAUUUUGAACAAAUAUUUUAUGGUGCAUCUGGAUUGAAAUGUCAUUGGUGCUCGAAAAUGUAACAAUAAAUCUCUUCAGUGUUCAUUGCAAUUUUUCAUUAUGAUGUUUGGAUAAUUAAGAUGAUUUAGUUCAUAGUUUUUAAGAAAUCCUUAUGGAUCAAAUAAUUUUUUCAAAAUUUAUUUCUGGCUGCCAAUAUUAUUUAACUGUUUCAGAAUGUGAUUAUCUCAUAAUUAUAUGCAACUGUAAUGCAACAUUCUAGAGAAAUUAUUUUGUUUGAUACACAUGUUCCUAAAUGUCAAUUUCAUAGUUUCAUGAAUAAAAGGUGGCUAAAAUGUCAAUAAUUCAAAAAUAUGAUAGUGUCACAAAAGAUGUUUGAUCGUGAAUAUUAUAGUUUUGAAAUUUUCAUUUGCAGCUAAUUCUUUUUUUUUUUUUUUGCAUAAGGUUUUUAAGUAUUAACUAUCGAUUAGGCAGCAUGACCUGAAUCAUUUAAUACAAUUUAUUUUCAUAGCAUUGCAAAUCUGUGUUUUAUGAACUCCUAUAUUUUUCAUUUCGACUUUAAUAAAUUUAAUUAAGCAUAUUUUAAAAUAGCCUAAACUUUUCUAUGAUCCCUAUUUAAAGAAAAUGAACACUAUUUGUGAGAUAAAUGAAUAAAUUAAAUGUAAAUUUUUUUUUUCAAAUUAAGUAUGUUAUUUGAUUGCAGUAUUCACUUAGAAAGGAUUUAAGCAUUGAACUUGUAAAAUGAACUACUAAUAUUGAUAAAUAUUGAGGAAAUUUAUAUAUAUUUUAUUGCUUUGUCAUUGCAUUUUAAGUUGAUAUAAAACUUUUAGUUUUAUAAUUGAAGACUAAAGGUGGUAAAUGACAAAUGUGAAAAUGUUAUGAAAUUGCAACAAAUCAAAAUGAUCGCUAAAAAUAGUUUUUACUGCUCAUGGGGAUAUAGCGUUUUCUUUUACUUUUUCAGACUAUUUUAAUGGCUGCCAGAUACUUUUCACAUUUAUCAUUUUAUAAAUUAUUGUUCAGUUGAUUCAGUUAUGUAAAAAACUUUUUUUUUUUUUGCAUUGUUUACCACUGCUAGUUUUCAAUAUGUUUGAUGUGAUCUGUAGUUUUUGAAUCAAAGUAACCCUUUGUUCAUUUUGUGGCACAUAGAGAAAUUUUUGUUUUUUGUCUUGUUUUUAUUCAAAUAUCCCUUGAUAAAAAAGAAAAAAAAAUCGUUAGAAUGAUAAAAUUACGUUUGUAUAAAAUGAAAUUGAUUGCCUAAGUUUUUGCAGUGCUUUUAUCAUUAUGUUUACUAGUAAUACCUUAGCAUGUUGUAAUAAAAUAUUUUUAAAAAUGCCUAAAAUUUCGAAAUAAAUUGAAAAUGUAUUUUCCAAAUAUAUAUGUGAUGUAAAGUGAUUUAUUGUAUCAUAAAAAUAAUUACUUUUACUAUGAAAUUAAAUGUUCACUGAGUUAGAGCUUAUUUUAUUUUAACAAACAUUUGAAAAAAAAAAAGUCUAAGAAUGUAUAUUGAUUUCUUUAUUGAAUUAUGAAAAAAUAUGCAUCUGCAAAAGAAAGAUUACUGUUUCCUGCCAUAUAAUGUUGAAGAUUUGCUGUAGAUGAAUUUACAAGUUAAAACUAUAUGUAUUUGAUACAAGAAAUUAUUUAAAAACACUGUUCAGUGUAAAUUGACAACUUUGUAAGAAAUGAAUCCAUUGUUUUAAAAUUGUCUGCCUUUGUCUGUGAUUAUAAAGUUUUAUGUAAAAUGUGAUUUGUAAAACUGUUCUAUAUAAUUCUAAUGUCUAAAUAUUCUAACUGAAAUAAAAGAUACUUUAUUUA